UCAACCAUGCCUCUCUGAUGAAAAUCCCAUAUUUUUUACUCUCUCUGACAGUUUUCAGAAGUGGUAGCCAAACUAGGGGAAUGCCUGUGUAAUUUGGAGCUAAUGUCUCCAGCCUCCAGUAACAGCAGUGGUUCUCUUUCGCCCUCAUCCUCCACUGACUGCCUGGUAGCACGUGGUAGUCCUGGACGAAGUCACGUAGGUGCCCUUCGCUUGCGUUUUGACUCUGGUCGAAGGUCUUCACAGGGCUUGUCCCUGGAUAAGCUGAGGAGUAACAUGCAGUUCCCACCCACUGACCGAAACGGACAUGUGUCAGAUCCCAUGAGCACCAUGCGUUUCCAUUCAUGCAGCAGCAAUGGAAGUUUUGAGGACAGCAACUAGAAGCAGCAACUCUCUGAAGAA